CCCAAUACGAAAUCGUCUAGAACUGAGACAGAAGUAGGGUUUUGGGCUUAUUGGCAGCGGAGAAGUGGAAAAUCAGAUCACAGAGUUAUGGUGGACAGCAAUAAGAAUCCGGUGCUGACGGCGGAGGCCGCUGCUCAGCUACACGAGGGCAUAAAUUUGGUGCUCUCCCGAUGGGCUGCUCUUCGAAUGGCCGUCGAGAAUGAGUGGGGUGGUCGUGAUUCCGUCCAGAAAUCUCAACCACUGACCCAAAUUCUCUUCCAAGCCCUCACUCAAUCCAAAGAAAAAGUAUACAUUGAUGAUUUAGAGGAUAUGCUGGAUGAAUUCAUGCUCUCUCUCAACGCUGAGAUAGAGGAUGGUAGCAUUGAGGAGAUAGCAGAAAAGUUGAUGGUUAUGCAUGAAGAAUGUGCCGAAGGUAACUUUAACUCAAUAAAAAGCCUGAAGGAAACAAAUACUCCAAGUGUUUCUUAUGUAAGACAGGCUCGUAGUGAUGAUGAAGAUGAUAGUGAUGACGACAACGAUCAUGAUGGUGAUAAUUCAACAGAAAUGACAGUUGAUGAUCCCGAUUCAAGUUUGAAUAAAGAGGAAAUGAUGAUUGAUGAACCUAGACCCCGGGAAGUUGCUGAAGUAGAAGAUGGAUGGACUGUAGUUGCAUCCAGGCGAAAUAAAGGUAGAAGGAACUAAAUUAUACUCGUGGAAAAUAGAAUUAUCGUGUAUUCUAUUCAGUGAGGUUUUUGUCUUAUUUUUGGAAGCAUUUUCUAAAUCUAUUUUUAGUUAUUAUUUUCCAUGCACUUGGUUAUAUGGCAUUUGAGAGAGAGUUGUCGAGUCUUUACUUGUACAACCCUGCAUCGGUUGUGGGAGAUUGGAGUUUCAUAGUUCAGUGUACUCUGUUAUUAAAACUCAAGCAUCAGAAUCCUUAGAAUUUACCAGCUUGAAUAUGAUGUUAAAUGGGAGAUCGCUGGAGAAGUGGUUAUAGUGUCUUUUAA